CACAAUUGAGGUUUCCUUCAUUUUCAAUCCGCCAAUCGACUCCGCCCUCUUUGUCAGUUCGUGAAUCUGCGUUCUAAGAUCGAGUUUGAAGGCAAUUGGAGUUCUUCUAAUUCGACGCUAGGGUUACGGCCGACGUGGGAGACGACUACUCUAAUAUCUGGCAAUAAAGAUCAACUGCUUUUGGGGGGAUCUUGAAUUGUUUUUUCAUGGCAUUGGCUGCUUCAAAUCAUUCCUCUGGAGAACCCGACUCAGAUUUUCAUGACAACGAUUCAUGGUGUGAAGAUGGGUCUCUAUUUGAUAGUUUGGAAAAUGGACAAGAUAGGGCAUCUGACUUGGACAGAGAGUGGCAGAGGAGGCAUGAUCAGUUCCAUACGAUUGGCUAUCGUGAUGGCCUGACAGCUGGAAAAGAAGCUUCGGCUCAAGAGGGUUUCAAUGUUGGGUUUAAGCAAUCUGUGCUUGUUGGAUAUAGCUGGGGCCUUGUUAGAGGCAUUACAAGUGCGCUGGCAUGUCUUCAUGAUGAUCAGAAAGGAAACUUGGUUGAAUCAGUAGAGAAGAGAGAGAAGCUUCAAAGUUUGAAUGAGUCUGUGAAGUCUUUUUCAUCAAGAGAUGCACUUAAUAUAUUCCAUAAAGACAUCCUAGGCGGAAGUUCCGUUGAAUAUGGUAUCCAUUUGGAGGGACACUUCGAUUCAGCUGUUGUGCCAAAUGAAAUUUUAGGCAACAGUCAAUUGGGAAGCCACUACAAGGAGCUUAAAUCCUUACUUCUUGAAUAUCCUGCAAUCAAGGUGCAUUGGACAGUGGAUGAGAAGAUGGUGGAAUAAAUACUUUUCGUGAAUAGGUUUUUUUGUCUGCCUAUAAAUAUAAUCAGGAAUUCCGUCACAAUAGUGACUAAUGUUAAGUUCCAUUUACAUGGAAGAAAAUGUGGCAUACAAUGAAGUGAUGAAUAUUACUACUUUGUAACCCGCAGAAAUUUAUGCAUAAAGCAAUAUUUGUUCA